UCCCCGUAAACAUGAUUCUAGCACUGUUAAACGAGCUUGGUCUUGCACCUCUCGUCAUUUUAAUUUUGUCCCUGAUUAUCCUAUGGUACAAAUGGACAUCAAAUAUAUCAAAGAACGAAAAAUCCAGGUUGCCACCAGGGCCUCGUGGUCUACCAAUCGUGGGAUUUUUAACAUUUCUCCGCUCCAAUUUGCAUAACCAGCUUACAGAAUUGUCUCAACAGUAUGGUUCAAUAUACAAGUUUUGGCUAGGAAGUAAACUAUGCAUUGUGUUGAACUCACCAUCCUUAGCCAAAGAAGUGGUUUGUGAUCAAGACUCUAUUUUUGCCAACCGUGACUGUCCAAUUGCAGGAUUGGCGGCCACAUAUGGUGGACUAGACAUUGUAUUUUCUCCCUAUGGCUCCUACUGGCGUGACAUACGCAAACUCUUCGUGAGGGAGAUGCUAAGUAAUAGGAACUUUGAGGCUUGUUAUAGUCAUCGCAAACAUGAGAUCAGAAAGGCAAUCAGGAGCGUGCAUACGAAGAUUGGCAACUCCGUUGAUAUUGGUUUGAUUUACAAGGAAUAAAGAAACAGAUGGAGGCUCUUUUGAAGUCAGUUGAAAGUAUAUUGGAACCUGUCCUAAACGAACGUAUGAAGAUGCUUUCGCACAAAAGAAAGGGCGAAAUCCAGGGGAAUGAGAAGAAGGAUUUUAUGCAGAUCCUACUAGAGCUAAUGGAGCAGAAAGACACUGGAAUAUCGUUGGACUUGGUGAAAAUAAAGGCCA